AACGUCGUGCGGUUGGAGGAUGUGCCGAAGAGGAGUAAGAAGUGUCCACGAUGUCCGGGCCGGGCCGAGCCGAUCUUGUAUUAGAUCAUCGCCACCACUAUGACCCACUCACCCGAGCGCGUAUAUUAGUACCAUCUCUUCAUCUGCCCUCCACCAUCGCGACCACCAUGACCACCUCACUGGACUAUCUUAAGCAGACCGGCACCGUCGUCGUCUCUGACUCCGGUGACUUUGAGUCCAUUGAUGUCUACAAGCCCCAAGACGCGACGACCAACCCCUCGCUCAUCCUCGCGGCUGCAGGCAAGCCGGGAUAUGCGCAUCUAAUUGACGCUGCCGUCAAGUAUGCCAAAAGCAAGGGAGGAGACCUGGACCAGCAGGCGAGCAUAGCGAUGGAUCGUCUGCUCGUCGGGUUCGGCAGUGAAAUCCUCGCCAUCAUACCCGGGCGUGUCUCCACGGAGGUAGACGCCCGCCUCUCCUUCGACAAGGAGGGUACCAAGAAGAAAGCAAAGGAGCUGAUUGCCAUGUACGAGUCGCUGGGGAUCUCGAAAGAGCGGAUCCUGAUCAAGAUCGCAUCUACGUGGGAGGGUAUUCAGGCUGGACGGGAGCUUGAGCGCGACGAAGGCAUCCAUUGCAACCUGACCCUUCUGUUCGGCUUUGCUCAGGCGGUAGCUUGCGCCGAGGCCGGCGUCACCCUCAUCUCUCCCUUCGUCGGCCGUAUCCUCGACUGGCACAAGAAGAACAAGCCGGGCAAGGACUAUGUCGGUGAUGAGGACCCUGGUGUGCAGUCGGUGAAGAAGAUCUUCAACUACUAUAAGCAGCACAAUUACAAGACGAUUGUCAUGGGUGCUUCCUUCCGUAACACUGGGGAGAUCAAGGCACUGGCUGGCGUCGAUUUCCUGACCAUCUCACCAACUCUGCUGGAGGAGCUCAAGAACGACACCUCGCCCGUCCCUAAGAAGCUUGACUCGCAAGCCGCUAUCCAGGGCACGCCGUUGAAGAAGGUGUCGUUUAUCAACAACGAGCCAGAGUUCCGUUGGGCGCUGCUCGAGGACCAGAUGGCUUUCGACAAGCUGCACGAGGGUAUUAGGAAGUUUGCCGAGGACGGUGAAACGCUCAAGACCCUUCUUCGCAAGAAGCUGAGCGCCUAAGUGCCGUACGUCCGCAGAGAGUAGAAGGAUGCGAAGUUCACUAUGAGAGAUAAG